GCUGACCCGGCCGCCAUUUUGUCGGCUUUCGCCUCAGAGAGCGGCGCCGGCGGCGGUCAGGCAGGGUGGGUCUCGGCGCCUCCUUCCUCCUCCUCCCCCUCGGGAAGGGAUGCGAGGCCCGCCCGGCUCGGCGGCUCCGCCCUCGCCCCUCCCGGCGCCGCCUCCCUCCCCCUUCCUCCUCCCCCGCGCCAGCUGAGGUGGCCGCGGCCUAGCCCGGCUCGCUCCCAGGCCGCCCCCGCCCCAGCCCAGUCAGCCAGCCACGGUGGUGGUGGUGGUGCCGGCGGCCUCCGCGAUGGCGCUGAAGAUGGUGAAAGGCAGCAUCGACCGCAUGUUCGACAAGAAUCUCCAGGACCUGGUGCGGGGCAUCCGCAACCACAAGGAGGACGAGGCGAAGUACAUCUCCCAGUGCAUCGACGAGAUCAAGCAGGAGCUGAAGCAGGAUAACAUUGCCGUGAAAGCCAACGCUGUCUGCAAGCUGACCUAUUUACAGAUGUUGGGUUACGACAUCAGCUGGGCGGCCUUCAACAUCAUUGAAGUCAUGAGCGCCUCCAAGUUCACCUUCAAACGGAUCGGGUACCUGGCGGCCUCUCAGUGCUUUCACGAAGGGACAGACGUCAUCAUGCUGACCACCAACCAAAUCCGUAAGGAUCUAAGUAGCCCUAACCAGUACGAUACGGGAGUUGCGCUGACCGGCUUGUCCUGUUUCGUGACUCCGGAUCUCGCCAGAGACUUGGCGAACGACAUCAUGACCCUGAUGUCACACACGAAGCCUUACAUCAGGAAGAAGGCAGUGUUAAUCAUGUAUAAAGUGUUCUUGAAAUACCCCGAAUCCCUGCGGCCUGCGUUCCCCCGCCUUAAGGAGAAGUUGGAAGACCCGGAUCCUGGCGUCCAGUCGGCCGCCGUGAAUGUGAUCUGCGAGCUUGCCCGGCGCAACCCCAAGAACUAUCUCUCCCUCGCGCCGCUCUUCUUUAAGCUGAUGACAUCCUCCACCAACAACUGGGUCCUCAUUAAAAUCAUAAAGCUGUUUGGUGCUCUCACUCCGCUAGAACCCCGGUUGGGCAAGAAGCUGAUAGAACCCCUGACCAAUCUCAUUCAUAGCACUUCAGCCAUGUCGCUCCUGUAUGAGUGCGUGAACACCGUGAUAGCAGUUCUGAUCUCCCUCUCUUCGGGGAUGCCCAACCACAGUGCCAGCAUCCAGCUCUGUGUUCAGAAGCUGAGGAUACUGAUUGAAGAUUCUGACCAGAACUUGAAGUAUUUGGGGCUGCUAGCGAUGUCCAAAAUCCUGAAGACACACCCCAAAUCAGUCCAGUCUCAUAAGGACCUCAUCCUCCAGUGCUUGGAUGACAAGGACGAAUCCAUCCGGCUGCGAGCCCUAGACCUUCUCUACGGAAUGGUGUCCAAGAAGAACUUGAUGGAGAUUGUGAAGAAGUUGAUGGUCCACGUUGACAAAGCCGAAGGGACGACCUACAGAGACGAGCUGCUGACCAAAAUCAUAGACAUCUGUAGCCAGUCCAACUACCAAUACAUCACCAACUUUGAAUGGUACAUCAGCAUCCUGGUGGAGCUGACACGGCUGGAAGGCACCCGGCACGGCCACCUCAUCGCCUCCCAGAUGCUGGACGUGGCGAUCCGGGUGAAGGCCAUCCGCAAGUUCGCUGUCUCGCAGAUGGCCAUGUUACUGGACAACGCCCACCUGCUGGCCAGCAACACCCAGCGGAACGGGAUCUGUGAGGUCCUGUAUGCGGCCGCCUGGAUUUGUGGGGAAUUCUCUGAGCACCUCGAGGAACCGCACCAGACCCUGGAAGCCAUGCUGCGGCCGAAGGUGACCACGCUCCCCGGCCACAUCCAGGCGGUUUACGUCCAAAACAUGGUGAAGCUCUACGCCUCGAUCCUGCAGCAGAAGGAGCAAGCCGGAGAGCAGGAGGUGGCCCAGCAGGCAACCCAGAUGAUGAUUGAGCGCCUGCCUCAGUUUGUGCAGAGCGCCGAUCUCGAAGUCCAAGAGCGGGCUUCCUGCAUUCUUCAGCUCAUGAAAUACAUCCACAAGCUUCAGAUUAAGGAGGUGCCAGUGGCUGAAGAAGUGAUUGCCUUGUUUGCUGGGGAACUCAACCCUGUGGCUCCCAAAGCCCAGAAGAAAGUUCCAGUUCCAGAAGGCUUGGACCUCGAUGCCUGGAUCAAUGAGCCCCCAUCGGACAGUGAGUCGGAGGACGAGAAGCCUAGAACCAUCUUCCACGACGAAGAGCAGAGGCACACCAGACACCGGCAGCCCGAGAUGGACGAGGAAGAGCUAGCCCGGCGCCGAGAAGUCCGGAAGCAGGAGCAAGCGAGCAAUCCGUUCUACAUUAAAAGUUCUCCUUCCCCCCAGAAGCGGUACCAAGACACCCCCGGUGUGGAGCACAUACCUGUGGUUCAGAUUGACCUGUCUGUUCCUUUAAAAGUUCCUGGCAUGCCAGUGUCUGACCAGUACGUGAAGCUGGAGGAGGAGCGGAGGCACCAGCAGAAGAUGGAGAAGGACAAGAAGAAGAAGAAGCAGAAGAAAGAGAAGCGAGGGAAGCACCGGCACCACAACUCGCUGCACACGGAGAGCGACGAGGACAUUGCGCCGGCCCAACACGUGGACAUCAUCACGGAGGAGAUGCCGGAGAACGCUCUGCCCAGUGAUGAGGAUGACAAAGACCCCAACGACCCCUACAAGGCACUAGACAUCGACUUGGACAAUCUGGUUUCAGGGAGGCCGGCCAGGCCUUUAGCAGACAGCGAGAAGCUCCCUGUGCAGAAGCACAGAAAUGUCGAUGGCCUGAAAUCUCCUCAAGAUGCAGAAGCUCCACUGGUUGAGAAGAAGAGCAAGAAGCCCAAAAAGGAGAAGAAGAAACAUAAAGAGAGGGAGAAAGAGAAGCGGAAAGAGCGCGAACGAAAAGCGGAGGAGGAGGAGGAAGAGAAAAAGGCAGAGGCUGAAGAGGUAGACUUCUGGCUUUCGGACGCCCCACCACCUGCAGCUGCUACAGAGGCAAAGAGCCCACCCGAGGCAAGCGAAGAUGCCACAGAACCCAGAGAACUGGAGGAAGCUGUGAAGGAGGAGCAAGAAGAGGAGGAGGAAGAUGAAGUCAGGAAAUCCUCCAAGCAUCGGAAGAAGAAGCACAAGAAGGAGGAGAAGUCCAAGGAGAAGAAGUCCAAGAAGCACCACGGUGGCGGGGAAGAGCUGCCCACGGAAUCUGUGCAGAACGGAGCGCUGGAAGAGGAGCCCCUACCGCCCAUGUCAAGUUACCGCCUUCUCGCUGAAAAUGCAUACAUCAAAAUGAUGUAUGACAUCCAGGGGGACCUCCAGAAGGACAGCCAGGUCACCGUCUCUGUGAUCUUGGAGAACACGAGCAGCAGCUUCCUCAAGAGCAUGGAGCUGAACGUCUUGGACUCGCUGAACACGAAGAUGCUCCGGCCAGAAGGCUCCUCCAUCCAUGAUGGGAUUCCGGUCCCGUUCCAGCUGCCUCCCGGUGUCUCGAACGAAGCCCAGUUCGUCUUCACCCUUCAGAGCAUCGUCAUGGCCCAGAAGCUCAAGGGCACCCUCUCCUUUAUAGUCAAAGAUGACGAAGGCUCGACGCAUGAAAAGCUAGAUUUCAAGCUGCACUUCAGCUGUGCCUCGUACCUGAUCACGACGCCCUGUUACAGUGAUGCUUUUGCCAAGCUGCUGGAGUCGGGGGACUUGCACAGCAGCUCCUUCAGAGUCGAUGGCACCACCGCCCCGUUCCACCACCUCCUGGCAAGGAUCUGCUUCCACCACCACUUCUCAGUGGUGGAGCGAGUGGAGGCCUGCGCGUCCAUGUACAGCCGAUCUGUCCAGGGCCAUCAUGUCUGCUUGCUAGUGAAAAAGGGAGAGAACUCUGUCUCUGUCGACGGGAAGUGUGACGAUUCCACCUUACUGGGCAACCUUCUGUCUGAACUCAAGGAGACCCUCUCAUAGUGCUGAGCACUCUAGGGAUCCAGCGCAGUCGUCCCCCCCCCGCCCCCGGUGUCUGUCUCUCCCCCCCCCCCACGAGAGGAGGACUGCAAGGCUCACAGACUGAACCUGGCCGAGUGUUCACGUUUCUCCCCCCCCCCACUUCCGGCGCGCAUGUCAAAUCCCCGAGGCGCAUGUUUUUUUCGUUCCACUCCACCCAGAAUUGUGUUGCUGCCUCUUUUUUUUUUUCCGAUUUUGGUUGCCGUUCUCCUUCUCCUCUCGUCUCCCUCCCCAUGUUUUGAACUCUGACCACCUGUGGUGUUGAUCCUUUCCAGACCAGAGACAUCGCUGUAGGUUGGAGCAGGAGCAGUGGGACAGCUCUUCUUCUCGCCACAUCAGGGCGUGACUAGCCGGGAGGGCAGCCACCUCACUCCCCUUCCGUGGUGGUCGGUGCUAAUCCGAUUUGAUCUGGCCAGGCCGAGCCUGGGGGUUGGUGGGGGGUUGCUCUUCCCACUACCCAACUGGGCCUUCCCCUCAAGGGACAAAGAUGUAACGGGUUGAGCUGCCUCUAAACCCGGACCGGCCUCUCCUCCCCUCGGCAGAUCUCUGCUGGCGUGCUUUUGUGAACUCCCCUGAACUAGCACAUUCCUGAAACUUAGACUGUAGCAAAGAGAACUGGACAGCCAAAGGCUUUUGGUGUGGGUUUUAAAAAAAGAUUUUGUUCCGACUUUCCCCCCUCACCAUUGAAACUUGGCCCACCACGUUGGGUCGACCGGUCCCAGGGCGGAGAUGAACCCUCCAAACAAAUUAGCACCGGGUUUGUCCCGGGUUUUUAAAUGUCCGAGGCGGCCCGCAAGUUGUGCUCUCUCGGCGCUACCUUGCGUGUCGCCUGACUCCUGUCGCUGUGCCUCAGGCCUCUGAAUCCAGGGGAGGUCAGUCAAGCCGUAGGUUACACCAAACAGGUUCACACUGACCUGACUGGAGACAACUUUGGAUUGUCUCUGGAAUUCACUGAGUGCUUGAUGCAGAACUACACUUUCUCCUUCUCCCCUGCCCCUGAUGAUUUUCCUUCUACUGACCUUCCAUAUUUUUUACAGCUUCCCAAAGAUGGGAAGUUGAGUGAUUAUUGAUUGGAAAUUUGAGGUCAAGAACAGCCCGAUUGCGCUCACUGUAGUGGAAUUCUGUAUUUCCGUUAUUGGCGCUUAGUUCUAAUAGUGCGUCCGUCGCCAAAUGUGUCAGUAUUGGACAGGCCCACGAUUUUUAAAUCCUGGUGGAGGGCAGUGGAGAAGGGGAAAUAUUGGGUCUUUGGCGUGCUUCAAUGUGCUUCUAUGUCUCAAGACACCUGGUGCCUCAAUUCUCAUUGGUGUGGUUAGGGGUAUUUUUAAAAACCAAAUCUGCAGUAGCACAUCUGCUAGGGUCAGUGCCGAGGAUUCAGGUCUCCUUCCCCACUCCCAGUUGGAGCAGAUUUUGCUGCUUCAUUAAGUGGUAGAAAUUUAUUUUUUGGUUGACCUUCCAUUGAUUAGUCACAACUGUGUUUGGACAUGAUUGGGGGGGACGGGGACCCUGUGCAUAUUUGGAAUUGUCUUAAAAGGAUUAAAUGCUCCCUGAAACUGGUGGAUUAAAUAUAUAUAUAUUAUAUAUAUAUUCCUGGAUGAAAACUGUCACUUUAGCAUGUAGAGUCUGUUCUCUUACAGAACCUGUGCAGUGAUUCUAGAACCUUCUGAAAACUGUAUGAUGUGUUAAGAGAGAGAAAUGAUUUGCUAUCAACAUUCCCGGAAAAGGGGAGGGGGGAAUAUACCUUUAAAAGCUGCUGUAACAGUUUUUGUGUCGAGAUGAUCCAAUAAAAUUUCAAAAUGA